AUGGAGGGCAAGAAAACAAGAGGAAGGCAAAAGGUGGAAAUGAAGAGAAUUGAAAAUGAAGAAGAUAGAUUAGUCAGCUUCUCAAAGCGUAGAUCUGGGAUCUACAAAAAAGCUAGUGAGCUUGUCACUUUAACUGGAUCAGAAAUUGCAUUUGUCACUUUUUCUCCUGGAGGUAAGCCAUUUUCUUUCAGCCAUCCUUCAGUUGAACAUGUCACUAAUCGCUUUCUUGAGUGUCCAUCAAACAUAGAUAGCGCUCAAGCCCUUGCGGAGGCAUAUAGGAGAACGAGGAUUGAAGAACUGACCCUAAAAUACUGUGAAAUGGAACGACAAUUGGAUGACAUCAAGGAAAAAGGUCGCAAAUUGAAGGAUAAAAUAGUAGAUGUUAAUAAAGAUGAUUGGUGGAAUACUCCAAUAGAAGAACUGAACGUCCAGGAGUUGAUUGAAUUGGAGAAAAAGUUUGAAGACCUACGAACGGCCUUACACAACAAGAUUAUGGAGAACAACAACGGUGCUUCUUCUUCACAUGCUUUAGAAAGAGGCAAUGCAUCAACAUCUAAUGCAAAUGACUCAAAUGUUGUCCCUGAUCAUGGAAGUGAUUGGGGUUUGGAAACAAUCACUCAUACAUCAUAA